GUAGCCAAUUAUUCCAUCCCACUCAUUUUAUUUUGAAGGUUUGACCUCCAAUCUACGUUUAUUUUGACAGCUUGACCAGAAGUGCAGCUGAUUGUCUCAUCAAUUCCAGCUUGAGUCCAAACGGAACGCUGCGUCUCUGCGCUGGAAACAUCUUUACGCACCGCCGCCGGGGAGUCGGGAUCAGUAAAGCGAACCCACCCGGUCAGCAGAGCCGCUCUGUCUCUCUCUCUCCAAACUUUUGAGACUUUUGCGCGUCAACGAGGCGCAUUUUGGAUUUUGCCGAUUUGGAGACUCUGAAAACUUUGCGCGCAAGAAAAACCAAAGUUCCCUGAGACUUUGUGGAGAGGGAGAAUGAUCCUGCGGGGGGACCAGCUGCCGCUCCAGUGAAAACAUGGAGUCCUGCACAGGUGGAGGUGGAGGUGGAAGGUGGAGGCUCCGUCAGGUCGUCCCGGUCGUUCUGCUGUGGAUGACUCUGCACAGACAUGUACUGGGCUGCAGCUCCACAAACUGUAACCUGGUGCUAACGGAUGCCCAGGGGGAAAUCACAUCGCCCUGCUACCCCCAGAAAUACCCCAACUCGCAGGCCUGCAGGUGGGUCAUGCAGGCUCCGGCUGGCUUCAUCAUUCAGCUGUCCUUCCUGGACUUUGAUCUGGAGGAGGCGCAUGGCUGUAUCUACGACCGGGUCGUAGUGAACACGGGAAACACCGACGUUAAGUUCUGUGGUCUUACGGCCAACGGGCUGACACUGAACUCGACGGGGAAUGUGAUGGAGCUGUCCUUUACCUCCGACUUCAGCAUACAGAAGAGGGGGUUCAGUGUUAGCUUCCGACACGUUGCCGUGGCACUGAGGAACCAGAAGGUCAAGAUAACUGGUGGUAACGGCCAGGUCACCAAGGUCGCCAACUCUGUUACCAUACCAACGCUCAGUCAACUGACCAUUUGCUUUGAGGUGGAGCGCAUCAGUCAGAAACAGAAAGAGUGGUUCUUCACCUACUAUGACCGGAACAACAACGCAAAGCUGAGUUUGGGCUCCGAUCAGACCGGGAUGAAGAUGAUUGUUGACGGAGUUAUCUGUCCCAUUGACUCCAUCAUCUCCCCGUCUGACUUCACCGCCUCUAUGGAGCCUUUCUGUGUCCUCUGGACAUCGUCAAAUGGCCGGGUGGCAGUUUACUUCAAUGGAAACUACUGGGCAAAGGCCUGUUCCACCUCUAGUGGACACUCUGUGCCGAAUGGUGGAAUAUUCCGGUUAGGAGGGCAGCACAACUUCAACGGGAACAUCUACAACCUCCGGCUGUGGGAUUAUGCCAUGACAGUGCAGCAGCUCGCCGCGUUGACCUGUGACACGGUGGGAAACGUCAUCGACUGGGACAACAACCACUGGACCAUCCCGUCCACCGUGGCCCAGACCGACGCCACGCUCAGCUGCAUCUGCUACCCUCAUUGCAUUCACUUAACUACUGCUGCGCCAGCUAGUGGUGUCUCCCCACCCACCAACACACCACUCACUACCAACUGUGACUCCCCUGGACAGGGCUGCCCAGCCGCUUCCUCUCCCGCCACCUCAUCCACUGACUCCACUAACACCAUCCAUGCUACUAAUGCCAACACCCACGUCCUCCCUUCCAUCACUGCAUCUACAUCCACCAUCCCCACUACUACAACUGCUACUACUAGCAUGUCUCUAACCCCAACCAUCAGCACCACCACCAGCAGCACAACCAGCUCCUCCUCCUCUUCUGUUAUGGCUACUACUACAAUCACCGUCACCACGAGUGCUGCUACUCCUGCAUCCUCAGCAUCCUCUACUACUAAUGUUGCUUCAGCCAGCAGUACAGCUCAUGCCCAACAGACAACCAGCAGCACAACUACUGCUUCAUCUGCUACCACUAACCACCCAGCUACUAACCCUACAACGCAUGCGGAGGAGACCACAGUGAAACCUCCAACCAAAGCUUCUGCUGUUGCUGCUGCUGCAGCCCGGUCCUCACAGUCCAAACAUCUGGCUGCUAGGCCUGCUGGUCACCAAGGACAACUUACUUUUGGAUUAGCUGCUGCAAGAUCUUCUGUUUCUCAAGCUCCUAGAUCUCCACCUCCCCUAGUUCCUUUAAGGAGGCGUACCAGGUCUGCUGUAAUUUCCAGCCCUCCCAGAGGAGCCUCUCUUCGUAGGUCCUUUGCAUCCAGUCAGUUGAAACCUCCAGCUCAAGCCCCUGACCCCCCACAUGCAGCACAUCAGCCCAGACACGUACCUCCACUUGAGCCUAGUUACCCUCGACCUCCAGCCUCCUUCCACAGGGCUUCAGGUCAUCGCAGUUCCAAGACCUCUCUGGGGUUCAUCUCAACCCCUUUGAGGAAAAGGCCACAUGGAAGAAGACGUCCAGUUGCCACCAGAGCACCACCAAGGGUGGAGGUUCACAUCACAAAACCUGCAGUUCCAACAGCCAAACCCAUAUCCACUGCCAGGCCCACAAACACACAGACAAGUGGAUUUAAAUACACAGCUGGACUGAAAACCACAACACGUAUGUUGGGAUUCGCAGCUCAUGCAACUGGUCACCUAAAUCCUACAUCACCACCAACUGCCAUGAAGGAGACCGCCACAACCACUCAAGACUCAGAACUCCUUCGGCAAACUGGGGUUUCAGUCUCGUCACAGGGGUCAUCUCAAAGGCAACACAAAGGUGAGGCAUUAGAAACAAAGGAGUUCACUCCAGCUGUCGGUGCAGCAGUCCUGGCAUCAUCUUCAUCCUCACUGUUGUCAUCGGCAUCAGCGCUUAGCAACAGAAUGAACAAGCCUGUGGCGUCACAGUGGUCGCUACUGAGCAUGAGCAGUGGGGAAAACCAAACGGUUGCUAUGGGAAGCUGGACAGAUCCUCUGGAGCCACUGGGCAAUGAGUAUUCAUCAGGCUCUGAGAUGUUUGUGUAUGAUCUGACCGAGCUUGUGGAAGAGGGCAGCGCUUUCAGCUUGUAUGAAUUUGAUGCUGCCUACUCUCUGGAAGAACCCACCACUAGUCCUGAUGGCAAAAAUGAACAAUCAUUCAAGGAAUCAGACCCUCACGGUGCUUCCGUUCCUGUCACACACCCUUUAACUGCUUCUGAUGGAGGAAGGGAAUAUUCUCUCACCCAAACACAUUUCCACGAUGACUCAGAAAGUCUGCCGAGUGACUCAGCAGCAGGGAGCAAGCUUUUUCUACAGCACUCACAGGGUAGAUUGAUGCCAGAAACAGUUACAUCCCUCCGCACUCUUUCUCCAACCUACUAUGGGUUUCCAAACAACACUAGUUCAAGUGGACAGAAGCUGAAGGAAAGUUCCUACACACAAGCUGCCACAGAACAACUGACUUUUCAGCCAUCUCUCCUUAUUCCCUCCCUCUCAUCUUUGCUCUUCAUACAGCCAACUGCCUCUUCACCCAUGGUACCACUGAGCCCCUCUGCUCUCCUUGCAGAGGAGGUUUUCACAAAACAGAUCUUUCCUUCUUCAGUGCCACAGAUGGAACACAAGGCCCAGAUAUCCAUUUCCUCACUCCCGUUAAACCCAAUGGGCAGUGUGUACGAGGUUGACAUUACUGGAAGAGAUGUUGGGCUUCCAGCAGCCAAAAACUGGGAGAUUAACAAUCUAUAUCCAAGUACAAAGUUAUCUACACAGAUACAUCCAUCUACAGAUUUCUUUCCUCAUAGAGUCUCUCCUGCUUUUCCCAAAACUUCUUCUUCUGACAUCUCUCACCACUCCGUCCUUCAUCUUAUCCUCCCCUCUCUUCCCUCCCUGUCAGCUCCUUUCACCUCCCCUCAUGCUAUCAAUCUGUCGCCUUCCUCACCCGUCUCCCCCACUGGUGUUUCUCCCCUGUACUCAAAUACCCUCACUCCUGUCUCAACCUCACCUCCCUUCUGGGCCACUGCUGUUCCUCUUCCACCCUCUGCUGCUCCUCAGCAGCCCUCCCUCCUUAGACCUUCCUCUUCCCAGCAGGCAGAGCGAAGAAACCCAGAAACAGACGGCGCUGUUGAAUCUGCUCAUGUUCCGCAGUCAGACAGCGUUAGCGAGAACUUUCAGUCCUCUGUGCUGUCAUUCCUGUCUCCAUCCUCAAACCUUCAAAGAGACUUUGAGGCCACAAUGGCUGACACAGCAUCUUUGUUGUCACUUCCUCACUUUUCUGAAGCCCUGACUGAGUCUCAGAUAGCAGAGGUUGAUGUUGCAGUGCUCAAUGUAGAAAUGUCUUCCAACAAUAUAUCUGAACCUUUCAAAAGUCAAUCCCUUGAUGCUCAAUUAGACUCCUUUAAUCAGAUUAGCCCAACUCCUUCUGGAUCAUCUGUAGAUAAUUUGGCAUCUGUUUCCAGCAACAUCUUAUCAGAUUUACCAGCUCUGGCAGCCCAGUUGGAGUUGCCAGAGUUGAAUUCGUCUGCAAUUUUGUGGCCUUUCUCAGAUGCAGUUGGUCUGUCAGUCAGUCAGCUCUUAGGUCAUUCUGAUGGGAGAGAUGUGAACGAGUCACGUCCAGCUCAUCGCUCUGAUACUGGCUUUACCUCACUGCCAACAGCUGGCAUUUGGGCCUCCGAACGCACCCCGGCUCUGCUCCAAGCAAAUACUGAUAGAAAGCAAGAUUUACUCUCUGCUUCUUUCACAGCCGCUUCUUCAUCAUCUUCGCAUACCGUUUUUUCAACUCACGACAUCCUUCGCCUUGACAGCCUGUCACUCACUGUGUCUGCAGAAACUCUUUUUACAGCCAGGGUGACAGAGAGGAUGAUGGGUGAGGAAACUGCACUGCCUUCCUCCUCACUCCCUCCUCAUCCUGUCACUGACAACCCUCUUCUCUUGGCUCAGACAUCUUCAUCUGGGUCGCAAGACAGAUAUACUUCCAGUGUGACCUUUAAUAGAGAUCCGUUGAGCCUGCAGCAUACAAUCUCUCAUUUACACAUCCAGAGGAGCACAAAUGCAGCCCCGGGUGCUCAAACGCACUCCAGAGGCUUGCAGGCACUUGUUGACUAUGACAGCGCAGUUAAUCACCCCACUUCCCCUUUGUUGAAUCCAGCUGUCACGGUGCCAACCCAGACGCCGUCACUCCACAGCGGCCUGAGUGCACAGCUCGGUGGUGCAGCCCCCCAGCAUGCUUCAGGCCUGGGUUUUACACAGGACUCGGGCUUGACACAAGCUAACAGUGAACACUCCAGCAGUGCGAUACACACACACAGUUCAGCACACACACACUUUCAGGACACGAGUCAGAGAUUUGCAGAGGCGCAUGUUAAUGUUGAAGGGCUACAGCAGCAAUCACCCCACUUUCUUCCCUUUGCACCAACCUCCCCUCUCCUUUCACCCUCCAUUUUGCCUUCUCUUUCUUCUGCUUCCUCUCGUUACCUUUCUCACAUCUAUCCAGCAAUCCCUACUCCCGUAACCAUGUCCUCCUUUCCCCUCUCAUCUUUCUCCACUCCUUCUCUCCCUCCACUCCUCCCCAGCUGGGCGGCAUUGCCAGCAGUAUCUGCCAGCCUGACAGACACAGAAAUUGGCUUUUUGUCACCCACUUGGCCGACUGCUGGAGUCAACCAGCCCACAACAACCCGAUCCCCCCUGGACAAAUAUUUACAGUUCUUACAAAGAUCCACCACAUACCCCAUUAGUCAGUCAACAGAGUCAGUAGAGCAGUUCAUCCCAGACAGCCCAGCUUCUACACUCCCUGAUGACAAACUGAAAUCCAGCCACUCACAAACUCCUGCUUCUGCUGAAGUGGAUGACAAGGAUGAUAUUUUGCCACAGUCUGCUAACAAUUCACAGGCAGUCGAAUCUUCCAGUUUUGUUAGUGGUUCAGUGUUGUCACCUGAGGCUGCAAGUAACCUCAGUGCUGCUGGGAAAUUGUCACAUCUCUCUGCUGUAUUUGAUCCUGCAGACGUUGUUCCAAAGAUACAUAUUGCAGACGAACAAGACUCUGCUGUAGAACUGGUUUCUUCAGCUGUGAGCAACGAUGACAGUGUAACUCUGGAUGUAAUGUUAAAAGGUGUAACAAGCCAUCAGCCUAAUGAAGGUCUGAAUACUGAAUCAUUUCCUGCUGAGGUACAAACUACCUCUCCCUGCCCCACUUCUGAACCCAGUUAUCAGCCUAGCUCUGCAAUAUCACAACAACCGAAUGGUGCUUCAGUUAUUCCAAACCCCCUGCACUCUUCUGGCCUUAAUAUCCCCUCUUCCACUCAAGCCUCCAGAUCCCCCACUGGCUUCUCUAUCGAUGUCCCAAAUCAUGACUUCCUUUCUGGGCCUGAAGUACUUCCUGCGAAUGACAACCACACUGCGGGCUUGAAAUACAUCUCCACGUCAAAUACAACCACUAUUAUCCCACUCAAAGACUCUCCUUCAGGGGCAAUUGAAAUGACAAACAACACAAAGGCUACGAAUGCUACAACCUUCAUAUAUAAUGCAAGUCUAGAAGCAUCUCAGGGGAAUGUGACAGGCAACAAACCGAUCCCAGAUCCCAGUGAGAAUGCAGGCACAUCAGCAAAGUCAAAUCUAACAGUUUCAAAGCUGAGUUUGAACUCAAACCCAAGCAUGUCGAAUCACAGCGGGGAUCAGAGCUCAGGAGGUUUUGUAAAUGGGGCCCAAGACCACAGUGGCAACAAUGGCAAAGAUGAAAAUAUCAACUUUUCCCCCGUGCCAGCUGUAGCUGUCGAUGUUCACCAUUUUAUAACCACAAAGAACUCCUCUCCAACGGUUCCAUUCAAAGCAGUCAGUGGGUCAGUGAACAAUGGCAACAGCAGCGGCCUUAAAACGGCCACAGCAUACAAUAUUCCUGGAUCCCCAACUGUAGCUGCCAAGCCAUGCCAAUGUAAACAACGCUUUCAUUUUACAUGUCUAUGUGGACUGUCAUCGGGGAACAGUAUGUCAUGCAGUAACAAAGAACUGUAGAUGUAGAACAAGAAAUCCAUAAUGAUAUUAGUAUGCACUCUUAAAAAAAAUAAUCAUUACAAUAUUUUUGCAUUGAGUUUUAAAGUCUGUUUAAAAGGUACAAUUAAAACUUUUAGCAAGAGAAUAACUGAGCGAUAAUAUACACAGCAUGGCUUCGAAACAAAAUUCUAAUGUUCACAGUCCAUUUGGCCAUUGGUGACACUGUACAUAAAACAAACAUGAUUUUAAGACUCAAUACAUAAUUGAAUUAGUUUUUAAGGUGGUUGGGUUUUGCAGUGUGGUAGGUGAGUAGUAGUUUAAGGGAAUAACUAGGUUCAGUAGUUCUGUUUGCAAGGAAAUCCCUGUCAAUCAUGUGAAUAAGUGGGAUGCCUACGGAAGUGAAGGCUGGUGACGGGUUUGUCAUGAUUCCGAGUCAAUUUUAGAACAUUAACAUGAAGUGUAGUUGUCUAAUCAAAUUGUAGUAUUUAGUCUGGUACUUGUAGUUCAAACAAAGGUAGUGUGUUUUGCCUCACUGUCGGUCUUUUAUCUUUCUCUUUUAUCUGCCCUUUGUACAAUAUCCACUUCUAAAACUGUGGAUAUCUCUCCACAUUUCUUUUAUCUUCUAAACUCUCACCCCCUUUUUAACACUUUUCUGAGGUUUUCAAUCCAUUGAGCUUCCUGGUAGAGACAUCCUGCUCUGCUGCUUCUACUCUCAGACAGUAAAUAAUAGAUUCCUCAUCUGCAUUUCACAGACUGCGGUGAAAUCCAGUCGAAACUUUUGCAACGACCAGCUGCUUCGUAAACCUCAGGAAGCAAAACAUGUAACCAAAGGUCUGCAGCUUGCAGGGUCUCCCACCAGAACUGGUGGAGUAGAAGCCUUCUGUCUGUCCAGUAGCAUCUACUAACAAUUAUAGAUACUAGAGAGGCACCUAGUGGCCAAUGUGAAGCAUAGCAGGAGAGCCAAAUUAAAAUGAGAAACAAUUGUUCCUAAUACGCUGUGUAAGCUUUCAGAGGAAUCAUUCUGAGAGACAUCCGGUCAAUAAAACAGUAUGUACACGCUGUUAAGAAGAAAGAAAGAAAAUGGAGGAAGACACAAGAAAAGCUGUAGUAUUUGAAGAGUUUAAAAUUUUGGAUGAUGAAAGUUCUAACAUUAGGACUUGGGCUUUGUGCUAACCUCCAACAAUUCUGUUCUUUAGUUCAAAAACACAAUUUGUGAAAGAUUUAUUAUGGCUGCAGCUACUAUAUGCUUUCAUCACUAGUUUAAUUUGGUAACUGUUUUGCCAUUUACAUUAAGAAAUAUCAGAAAGUAGUGAAGUAAAAACAACACAUUCUCACAUUUGAGCAGCUUCAAUCAAACAAAGGUUUGACACAAAAAAUCAGUAAAACAAUUAAAUCGUGUAACUGUCAUGUAUGAAAGUAUUGCUUAAAAACUGAGUUUGAAAAAAAUUUGAAUAUGAAAAGAGCAUGUCCACUGUAGUGUUCUCAUGUACGUUUUUGUAUCAGUAUAAGUAUUUGUUCUAAUUUUCCUUUUUCUUUUAAAUGAACCAAGAGAUAUGUGCCAAUAUGGAAAGGGUGGUGGCAGCCCAAAAAACGACAACUUUUUUUUUUUUUUUUAAACUUGGAACAGAAUCGCAACAUUUGUAAAGCUUUAAUCACUCAUGUCCAUCUGGUUAUUUUUCAGCUUUUUGAAAUCACAUGCCAUCAUAUAUACAUCUAAUACAGAUCAUUGAGCAUUUCAUUGAGCAACAAACUAAUGUUCUCUCUACUGUUCUCUCCUCUGUUGCAGUUUUCUCUUUAUUUAAACACCCCUAAAGAAUAUGUUUAAUACAUGGUCAUGUUCUUUAACACUGUAUGUGGUAAAGCAGUUUGAAAGUGUUAAAUCCUCACAAAGACUGAAAAAGUUAAUGACAGGGUUGAUAAACUGCCGCAGGCGGCAGAAACUUGUCGUCCAGCAGCUUUUUUCUGAUUCCUGACACGUUCCAAAUGAUCCCGUUCUCCGAGAAAAGAAACCAUAAUGACUGCUCUCCUGUCCUCUCUGCUGUUGUUAUCUGCCAGGCGACACAUUCCUCCUCAUCAUUUUACUCUGUAAAAUUGGAUUUUUACAUAACUCGAUUAGCUCCAUCCAUCCUGUUCUAUUUGUCUCCUGCUAUGUGGCACAGGCGCAAAAAAAAGAAAAAGAAAUCCAUUCUGUGUGAAAUAGCUUGUACCAAAUGGAGACUGAAGUAUUAUU